GGUGGGGAAUCCUAUUGGCCCAGGGGUGCGGCUUGUCCUCUCCGGGUGCUCUCAUUGGCCGAGUGCGGCCGCGGGGGGUGAGGCCGCGUCGGGGCAGGACAACAAAGGGCCGCGGGCGGCGGGCGGCGGUGUCCCAGUCUCCCGGUGCUUCCCUCAGGCCGAGGCGCCCGGCCUCCCGCCCGCAGCGCUCCAGAUGAAGUGUGAGCACUGCACGCGCAAGGAAUGUAGUAAGAAAACAAAAACUGAUGACCAAGAGAAUGUGUCAGCCGAUGCACCGAGUCCAGCCCAGGAAAAUGGAGAGAAGGGAGAAUUCCACAAGCUGGCUGAUGCCAGGAUAUUUUUGAGUGACUGCCUGGCAUGUGACAGCUGCGUGACUGCAGAGGAAGGAGUCCAGCUUUCCCAGCAAAAUGCCAAGGACUUCUUCCGCGUUCUGAACCUUAACAAGAAAUGUGACACCUCAAAGCACAAAGUGCUGGUAGUGUCUGUGUGUCCUCAGUCUUUGCCUUAUUUUGCUGCUAAAUUCAACCUCAGUGUAACUGAUGCUUCCAGAAGAGUCUGUGGCUUCUUCAGAAGUCUUGGGGUGCACUAUGUGUUUGAUACGAGGAUAGCUGCGGAUUUUAGUAUCCUGGAGAGCCAAAAAGAAUUCGUGCGUCGCUAUCGCCAGCACAGUGAGGAGGAACGCACGCUGCCCAUGCUGACCUCUGCCUGUCCUGGUUGGGUCCGAUACGCCGAGCGGGUGCUGGGUCGUCCCAUCACUGCCCACCUCUGCACCGCCAAGUCCCCCCAGCAGGUGAUGGGCUCUUUGGUGAAGGAUUAUUUCGCCAGACAGCAGAUGGACUCCACUCCUGCUGUCUGUGAUGGAGAUUUCAUAGGAGGGAGAUCAUCCAGGGUCACUAAUGUCAAAUUUCCUGCAGGGGAAGAAAAGUUCCUGUGGCCACCUGUGUCUUUUCAGUGUCUCUUACUUCAUUUGUCUGUAGGUGAAAUUGCUCAAAUAAUGGAGCAAGGUGACCUCUCAGUGAAGGAUGCUGCCGUCGACACUCUGUUUGGAGACUUGAAGGAGGACAAGGUGACGCGCCAUGAUGGAGCCAGCUCGGACGGGCACCUGGCACACAUCUUCAGACAUGCGGCCAAGGAGCUGUUCAACGAGGAUGUAGAGGAGGUCACUUACCGAGCCCUGAGAAACAAAGACUUCCAAGAGGUCACCCUUGAGAAGAAUGGGGAGGUGGUGUUACGCUUUGCUGCGGCCUAUGGCUUUCGAAACAUCCAGAACAUGAUCCUGAAGCUUAAGAAAGGAAAGUUCCCGUACCACUUUGUGGAGGUCCUCGCCUGUGCUGGAGGAUGCUUAAAUGGCAGAGGCCAAGCCCAGACUCCAGACGGACAUGCGGAUAAGGCCCUGCUGCGGCAGAUGGAAGGCAUUUACGCUGACAUCCCCGUGCGGCGUCCGGAGUCCAGUGCACACGUGCAGGAGCUGUACCAGGAGUGGCUGGAGGGGAUCAACUCCCCCAAAGCCCGAGAGGUGCUGCACACCACAUACCAGAGCCAGGAGCGCGGCGCACACAGCCUGGACAUCAAGUGGUGAAGUCAGGCCAGGGCCUUCCAGCUGCUCUUGGGGCCAGAGCCACUCUCAGUAGAGGGAGGGGCUGCCUUGAGUGGAGUAUUAAAGACACUUAAGAAAACUGCU